AGCCUUCCCACUCAAGCGGAUGAGCUGCAUGAUUCCCCCCAUGGCCGUGGAAGAGGCAGGUCUCAUCAGAAUGAGCUUUCUUAGCCCGUCUUCUCCAUCCCGGUCCAGGUUGGCCUCAGCUCCCCUCGGCAUCAGAGCCUCGGGGUGAAGGAGCUUCAGCUUUGGUGGCUCCAGAGGUCUCUGACAGCUCUAACCAGCUGUGACUCUCUCCUCUAUGCCCUUCUCCACCUGCUGGUCCCAGGACCAAGGCUGCUGUGUGAGGGGGAGGUGAACUGCCCCCAGCCUCAUCCUCUCUCUAAGGACCCAAAGAACAUCUGAUUACAGCCUCCUGGAGACAGAGGCCCUCUCUGUUUACUGCCUGAAACCCUCCCCUGGCCCCUCAUUUCCUACAGGAUGAAGGCAAACCCUCUGUGUGGUAGACAAGGCCCUUGAUCAUUGGCCCCAGCUCGUCCCUCCAUCUCUUUCUCCUCCAAGCCCCCACACUGUAGUCUGGGGUAUCUUGGCCCCUGCUGUCCUUGAAGUCACCAUGCCAUGGUCCUCACCAGCCACCUUCUCUCUGUUCCUGCUGCUGCUAGGCCAGCCGCCUCCCAGCAGGCCACAGUCACUGGGCACCACCAAGCUCCGGUUGGUGGGCCCAGAGAGCAAGCCAGAGGAGGGCCGCCUAGAGGUGCUGCACCAGGGCCAGUGGGGCACCGUGUGUGAUGACAGCUUUGCUCUCCAGGAGGCCACCGUGGCUUGCCGCCAGCUGGGCUUCGAAGCUGCCUUGACCUGGGCCCACAGUGCCAAGUAUGGCCAAGGGGAGGGACCCAUCUGGCUGGACAAUGUGCGCUGUGUGGGCACGGAGAGCUCCCUGGACCAGUGCGGGUCUAAUGGCUGGGGUGUCAGUGACUGCAGUCACUCUGAAGACGUAGGGGUGAUAUGCCACCCCAGGCGCCAUCGUGGCUACCUUUCUGAAACCGUCUCCAAUGCCCUUGGGCCCCAGGGCCGGCGGCUGGAGGAGGUGCGGCUCAAGCCCAUCCUUGCCAGUGCCAAGAAGCAUAGCCCAGUGACCGAGGGAGCCGUGGAGGUGAAGUAUGAGGGCCACUGGCGGCAGGUGUGUGACCAGGGCUGGACCAUGAACAACAGCAGGGUGGUGUGCGGGAUGCUGGGCUUCCCCAGCGAGGUGCCUGUCGACAGCCACUACUACAGGAAAGUCUGGGAUCUGAAGAUGAGGGACCCUAAGUCUAGGCUGAAAAGCCUGACGAAUAAGAACUCCUUCUGGAUCCACCAGGUCACCUGCCUGGGGACAGAGCCCCACAUGGCCAAGUGCCAGGUGCAGGUGGCUCCAGUCCGGGGCAAGCUGCAGCCAGCCUGCCCAGGUGGCAUGCACGCUGUGGUCAGCUGUGUGGCAGGGCCUCGCUUCCGCCCACCGAAGACAAAGCCACAACGCAAAGGGUCCCGGGCAGAGGAGCUGAGGGUGCGCCUGCGCUCCGGGGCCCAGGUGGGCGAGGGCCGGGUGGAAGUGCUCGUGAACCGCCAGUGGGGCACGGUCUGUGACCACAGGUGGAACCUCAUCUCUGCCAGUGUUGUGUGUCGUCAGCUGGGCUUUGGCUCUGCUCGGGAGGCCCUCUUUGGGGCCCGGCUGGGCCAAGGGCUAGGGCCCAUCCACCUGAGUGAGGUGCGCUGCAGGGGGUAUGAGCGGACCCUCAGCGACUGCCCUGCCCUAGAAGGGUCCCAGAAUGGCUGUCAACAUGAGAAUGAUGCUGCUGUCAGGUGCAAUGUCCCUAACAUGGGCUUUCAGAAUCAGGUGCGCUUGGCUGGUGGGCGCAUCCCUGAGGAGGGGCUGUUGGAGGUACAGGUGGAGGUGAACGGGGUCCCACGCUGGGGGAGUGUGUGCAGUGAAAACUGGGGGCUCACCGAAGCCAUGGUGGCCUGCCGACAGCUCGGCCUGGGUUUUGCCAUCCAUGCCCACAAGGAAACCUGGUACUGGUCGGGGAUGCCGAGGGCCCAAGAGGUGGUGAUGAGCGGGGUGCGCUGCUCAGGCACAGAGCUGGCCCUGCAGCAGUGCCAGAGGCACGGGCCGGUGCACUGCUCCCAUGGCAGUGGGCGCUUCCUGGCUGGAGUCUCCUGCAUGGACAGUGCACCAGACCUGGUGAUGAACGCCCAGCUAGUGCAGGAGACAGCCUACCUGGAGGACCGCCCGCUCAGCCAGCUGUAUUGUGCCCACGAGGAGAACUGUCUCUCCAAGUCUGCGGAUCACAUGGACUGGCCCUAUGGAUACCGGCGCCUACUGCGCUUCUCCACACAGAUCUACAACCUGGGCCGGACAGACUUUCGUCCAAAGACUGGACGCGAGAGCUGGGUUUGGCACCAGUGCCACAGGCAUUACCACAGCAUUGAGGUCUUCACCCACUACGACCUCCUCACUCUCAAUGGCUCCAAGGUGGCUGAGGGGCACAAGGCCAGCUUCUGUCUGGAGGACACAAACUGCCCCACAGGACUGCAGCGGCGCUACGCGUGUGCCAACUUUGGGGAACAGGGAGUGACUGUAGGCUGCUGGGACACCUACCGGCAUGACAUUGAUUGCCAAUGGGUGGAUAUCACAGACGUGGGCCCUGGGAACUAUAUCUUCCAGGUGAUUGUGAACCCCCACUAUGAGGUGGCAGAGUCAGAUUUCUCCAACAAUAUGAUGCAGUGCCGCUGCAAGUAUGAUGGGCAUCGGGUCUGGUUGCACAACUGCCACACAGGGAAUUCAUACCCAGCCAAUGCAGAACUCUCCCUGGAGCAAGAACAGCGUCUCAGGAACAACCUCAUCUGAAGCCCUCACUGCACACUCCUAGCUGCUGCUGAUACACCAGAUACCUCAGCUUACUGGAGCCAUGCCCUUCACAGAGUCCCAACUCAGAGGAAAAGGGCCAGUGCCAAGGGGCACCAAGAACCUGCUCAGGAAGCCUUUUGAUGCAAGCUCACCAAUCCAGAUGGUACUGCUUCUUCAGGGUGGCACUGGGCCUACCCCCUAAGGGCCUGGAAUAUGGCUUCCAGGCUUUGCUCAGCUGAGCUCUUCUUCUAUAAGGAAACCCAGUCAUCCCUGAAUCUUGCCACAGAGAUGCGGGGUUCAGGAGCUUUCAGUUCUUUAGGGAUGGACUAUGGUCCAGUCCCCCAUCUAAGUGGUGCUUUGCAAAUGUCUUGGAGGAGUAUAGGACAGAGUACCAAAAUACACAGCAGGUAGUGUUAGCUCUCUGCUAGGAGCUCAAAGCAACACAACUUGUAUCAAAAUCACAACUGGCAGAGAAGCUGGUGGAUCCAAUCCUUUCUUCAUCUGUUAUUAUUUACAACUCACCUCUCACACUCUGUUCUUUAGUGUCCUUACCUUUAUCCUACCACACACAUGGGUGUUUCUAUUAUCCUUGGAAGCACAGACCUCGGGCAUCCCCUUAUUGCCUGAUGGGCCAACACCAACAGUUACUGAGUGCUUGAGAAGGGGCAAGUUUCACAGAAAUGGCCAGAUAGGGCCUUCCUACAGAGCAGCAAGAGUAGGCCAAGCAGAAAGACUGCUGAGGUAACAUGGAUCCCAGGCCCUGUCAGGGCCUCUGCCAAGGAAAAAAUAUGGACGAUUUACCUGGCAGGCAGUCUGAUCUCUCAGGAUCACCACGCAUCUCAGGAUUGGUCUAAGCUUCAAGUCCCAACCAAGUGUCUGAAGUGAACUUUGCAUUGAAUAAAUUUUUGCCAUGGAAAGAACAUCAAACAAGCUACUCAUCUCUAUGGAGAUAUGAAAACAAGUCUGGCAGAGUGAGAGACAGAAGACCAUGGAGAAAUCAGAAGGGGGAAUAGUCAGUGUAGUUAAGGAUGGAACCUGGGAAAGGCCACCAUUCCUGCUUGAUGGGGCUGUGAUUUCUCUCGCUCAAGUAGAAUAAAACCCCAUGGUCUUCUUGACAUGAUUCUUGAUCUUUUCUCCACUGAGACAAACUUUAGUGAUGAUCCUUACAGGACUGGCACCCUAAUGCCAAAAAAGGUUGCUCAUUAUGGACUGCUACAAA